AUGAAGUUCGGCCGCAAGAUCUCCCAUGACCUCUACAACGAAUGGAGACCGUUCUACAUCAACUAUAAUCAGCUAAAGCACGAGCUCAAGACCUCCGCUGGGGUAGCACUUCUCAACCUCCUGAGCUUCCAGACCGCUGAACUGUCCACCCGCAUCAAAGACGCAGAGAGGGCCGUCAAGCGUCUCGUCAUAACCGAGUAUACAGACGGGCAUGAUGCUCACGCGAGCACAUCCGCUGACCCCGAACGGCAGCAGCGCCAGCCUAUGGCACACCAGGACGCGGGCUCCGAUGACGAUGACGACACGGACGAUGAAGGCAGCGACGCCAUGUCGAUAGAUGCCUUAGAGGACCAGUUCCUCGUUCUCGAGGAGGAAGUCGCAACCCUCGUCGCCGACGUACAUGACCUUGCACUGUAUACCAAGCUCAACAUUACUGGAUUCAUGAAAAUUCUCAAGAAACAAACAAACCGCCCACUCAAGCCCACAUUCAUUCAAGAGUACCUGGAGAAGCGACCGUUCUAUAAGUACAACUGGGACGGUCUCAUAGUCAAACUGUCCAAGUUGUAUGACCUUGUCCGCACAAGAGGCCAUCCCGUCCAGGGCGAUGCCAGUGCGGGUGGAAACCAGAGCGCAUUCGUACGGCAGACGACCAAGUAUUGGGUCCACCCAGAUAACUUAGUCCACCUCAAGUUGGCAAUACUGCGGCACUUGCCUGUGCUAGUGUUCAAUCCGGAUAAGGAGUUUGAACAGAGGGACGCCGCCAUCACGUCUAUCUAUUUUGACAAUGAGGACCUCGAGCUCUACCUAGGCCGUCUCGAGAAGACGGAAGGUGCUGAAGCUGUUCGACUGCGCUGGUAUGGCGACGUCGAUACCAAGACAAUCUUCGUCGAGCGGAAGACGCACCGCGAAGACUGGACGGGAGAGAAGUCCGUCAAAGCGCGCUUCCCGAUCAAAGAGCAUCUCGUGAACGCCUUCCUGCGCGGCGAGUACACCAUGGACAAUGAGUUCCAGGAGCUCGUCGCGAAGGGCAAGAAGACGCAGCAGGAGGUGGACUCAAUGAUUCAGCUCGCGAACGAGGUGCAGUACGCGGCCCUCACGAAGAAGCUCAAGCCAGUAAUGCGCACGUUCUACAACCGCACGGCUUUCCAGCUGCCCGGUGACGCGCGCGUACGUAUAUCCCUGGAUACGGAGCUGACGAUGGUCCGCGAGGACAACUGGGACGGGCGUGUGCGCGCGGGGGAUAACUGGCGGCGAACGGAUAUCGGUAUCGAUCAUCCUUUCGAGCAACUGCCCCCCGAUGAUAAGGAGCUCUUCAAGUAUGGAGUCUUGGAAGUCAAGUUGCAGACGCAGUACGGACAGGAACCACCGAAGUGGGUUGCAGAUCUCGUCUCGUCUCAUCUUGUAGAGGCCGUGCCGAAGGUAAGUAAAUUCAUUCAUGGCUGCGCGACGCUUCUGCCUAACCGAGUUGACCUCGUUCCAUUCUGGCUGCCUCAGAUGGAUACCGACAUCCUGAAGCCUGAUACGGGCUCCCUCACAAUCGAACGUCCUCUGCAGACUUCAUCGAAGGGGACGUCCGAGCUAUCGACAGGACGGGAAUCCUCUGGAGAUGCAACUCCGGAACACGGUCGUGUCGUAUACGUGGAACCUGUAUCUGAAGGUGAGGAGGACGAGGACAUGGACAUGGCCCCAGGCGCAGCGAGAGACGAGCAUAAGCGUACCGGUCUGUCGGGAGACGAGGUGGCUGCUGCGAUCGCUUACCGCGAGAAAUUGCUGAAGCAGCAGAGCGAGGCGGAUCUGCGGAAUCGGACGAGUCAAACAUCGUCGCAGGCGUCGAGCUCGCGCCAUGCGACGGCAGACGAUGAGGGCACUGACGGGGACGAUGAGGAUGAGGCUGAUGAGCGGACCCCGCUCAUCAAUGCAUCGAAUGGGGCAGCCGUGCUAGACGACCGCAAUCGGACUCAAGUGCGGUCUUUGUCCAUUGACCCGCUUGCGUCCUCACAAGCAUUCGAUGAGACGCUUCGUGACCGCCUGAGGGUGGACGCGGAGCGUCGGAUGCGCGAUGACGAGGAAGCUGUAGACGACGAUGAGGAAGAGGACAGCCGGAUGGAAGGAUCGUCAAUCAGACGUGACAGUGAGCGUCUUCUCGAGCGUGGCUGGGUUGCGCCACCUGGAAAGCGCAUCGCCGUGCCGGUUCGCGUCGAGCCGAAGGUGUACUUCGCCGCUGAGAGGACGUUCCUGAAAUGGCUGCACUUCGCUAUCUAUAUGGGCACGAUCGCGACGACGCUGCUGAACUUUGUGCCUCCGCGCGACACGGUGGGCCUGAUCAGCGCGGGGCUUUUCACGCUUGCGGCUCUAGUGGCGAUCGCGUACUCGGCGAUCAUCUUCGUGUAUCGCGCCCUGAAUCUCCGGAAGCGCCGCGCGGAGGGUAUGUACUACGACAAGUAUGGACCGACUGUGCUGUCGUUCUUGUUGCUUACAGCGCUUGGGACGAAUAUUGUGCUGAGGAUGCGGGAAAUGGCGGGGGAUGUCCCGUAGUGCUGGAAUUUCCGUGCUUGUCUUGUUAGCUAGGGCGUGCAUGCCUGCUGCAAUCUAUGAUGUUAGUUUAUACACAA